AUGUGCGAGAAAGACAGAUUCAUAGUUGACUUUUUCAAUGAUUUUAUAAAACUCCAUGGUAAUAACUGAGAUAAAUAUUGAUAACUGAUAACAUCAUACCUUAAACAUUUUUAAUAUCAGGCAGAAAAAAAAACUGUUUAUGUCACUAACACUGAAAUAGAUAAGAAUAAACUUUAAAAAAUCGUUUGACCAUAUAAACUAAGUUUAGUUUAUGUGGUCGAAGAGAAGAUCACUGAUAAAAAAAACUGUCCUUAUCAUAAACUCAUAAAAGUUUCUUAUCAACAUCUGCCUACCUGGAAUAAAUGACACAGUUACCUUACUAGAGAUGGCCAACUGUUUUGAAAUAUUUACCUCGAAUUUAGGGUUUUCAGGAUAUAAUAAUAUAAUAUAUAAGUAUAAUAUUUCAAAAUGUCCUCAAAUUGAUAGUAGUCGCCAGUCACAGCAGCUAUGUAGCAGAAUUAAUCAAUGGUAACAGUUAGCAGUAACAACUGUUACAACUAAAAAUCACUGUUAGCCAUCUAUAUUCUCUGUAGGUUUCUAUCACUACAUAGCCUCCCUCAUCAAACAACCAUGUUAUUGUUAUUUAUUUUAUGCACAAAGCCAUUAUAUUUACUUUUUGUGUUUUUGAAUACAGAUUGUAAGUUUAAAAUAAAAAUAAAAAAAAAAUAUAUUUUCUAGAAAGGUAAGUGUGUCGUUUGUUUCAACUUUUAAGUAGGCGGGUACUGAUAAAACUGUUUAUUUGUAUUAUCUGAUAAAUGUUUAUAUGAGUGAUGUUCUCGGUUUAAGAUAUAUUUUAAGCCCUGGUGCAUUCACAUGGAAAUCGCUAUCAUAAUAUAAUUCAUGAAAAAAUAUCAUGGCAGGAAAAAUAAUCACUUAUCAUGAAUUUUUCGAUUUUUUGUUAUCAUGUGUAUUUGUGUAGUUUUGUUUUUAAUUCUUUAACUAUUAGUAUUACAAUUACUUUCUGUUAAUUAAAUUAUGUGAUCGAAGUGACUAGACUUAUAAGUUCCAUUGGUAAAGUUUUUGCAUACAAAUAUGUAUUGUUGAAUUACAAAUGAUUUACUUGAAUAUUGAAUAUAUUGAUCGUUAAUUGGAAGAAAUUUCAGAUAUUGCUGAUUUGAUACCAGAUUUUGAGGAUGUUAUACACAAUGAUAAAAUUAGUGAAACACUGGUUAUAGUUGAAAACCAGGAUGUUGAGAAUGUUCAAUUCACAUUUAAAUUUGAUGUAGAAAAUUUAGGUGAGUAGUUAGAUCAUUUUUCCUGGUAAUUAUAGUAGUUAAAAAUAAUAGUUUUGUUUAGGUAUUGUGUUUGCUGAUGGACUUAAUGAAACUUGUACAGCUGACUAAGUUUUUGGUAACACGGGAAGUGUUGAUAUUACAAUUUGUUCUAAGAAUAAAAGAAAAAACAAAACAUACCGACAUUACAACAUUCAAUAAGAAAAGAUUUUGAAAAUGAUGAUAUAAAGCAAAUUUUGAUUGCUAUACAGAGUGUCCUACAAUGUUAUCCAAAUGCUAAUAACUCUGUUAAUGUCAAUUGUCAAAUGUGAAUUCAAUCGAGUUUGUAUAUACAAAUUUAGAGAAAAAUUAUUUUUUUUAUUUUCAUCUCUUAAUCACUGAAAAAAUAACUUUAUGUUUUCAUUUUUUAAAAUUGUCUAGCUCUUUUAAAUAUUAGAAAAAAAAAAUGAAUAUUGAAUAGUUAUUAGUAUUUAGAUAACACUGUAGGAGCCUUUUAUUAUAAACAUAAUGUUAUAUACUGUAAUAGACAAUCAUAACUAUUAUGUAUAACAACAAAUUUUAAAUUAACAGUCUGUAAAUAAAAAUGAUAAUUUAUAUUAUUGUUUCUAAUAUUGUAUCACUGAUUUAGACAAUUCAGUUUUGGCAGCAAUGGAAAUAUAGAUAUUCUAUUAAAUCUAAGAAUAAAAGAAAAAACUACAUUAUAAAAUGGAGGUAUGUUAUUACAAAUUAUGAUACCUAUUUUUAAAAUAUCAUAAUUUGAUAUUGUAUAAUUUCUUUGUGUAUUUAGAUACUGUCAAUGAAGAUGAUAAAAGUAAAGAUAUAGAAGAAAUAUCUCAAAAGUUGUACAGAAAUCCAAAUUUCAUUGCUACCAGACCAGUGUUCAAAACUUGUUGGUGUAAAUAA